AUGACGAUUGCAAUCGAACCGCUUGUGUCGUUGCUCGAUGACAGCAGGAUUGGCGUGCUCGACGGCGGACUUGCCACCUACCUCGAGGACGGCCUCGGAUUCGACCUGUCUCGGGGUCCGCUCUGGUCGGCCCGCCUGCUCGACGAGCAAGAAGACGACGUCAAGGACGGCAAGGGUCGUCGCGGUAUCCUGGACGCCCACGCACAUUACAUUGACGCUGGCGCUCAGAUAAUCGGCACCGCCACGUACCAGGCCUCGCACGAGUCGUUCGAGCGAGCCAGCUACUCGCCCUCCCGCGCCAACGAGCUGAUGACCGCAGCGGUCCACAUCGCCUCGGACGCCAUCUCGUCGCAGUCGGCCUCGGCCUCGUCGAGCAAGGCGCCGCUCAUCAGCCUCUCGCUCGGGCCCUACGGCGCCGUCCUGUCCAACGGCGCAGAGUACACGGGCGACUACCGCCCCACCUACCUUCCUACCUCGGACGACCGCCGCGACCGCCAGCCCACUGUCGCAGAGCUGCGCGCGUUUCACCGUCGAAGGCUGCAGACGUUCCGCGCAGACGAGCGCGCUUGGGCCUCCAUUGGCGUUGUCGCGCUCGAGACGGUGCCGCGGGCCGACGAGGGCGUCGCGUUCCGCCUUGCACUAGAGGACCUCGCACACGAGCUGCCGACAGACGCGCCGCUCAAGCCGGUCUACGUCAGCUACGCCUUUCCGGACGACCGGUCGCUGCCGUGGCCCAAGGCGUCGGGCGACGAGCUGGGCACGAGCGACGAGCGGAGGGAGGCGAGGGCCGACAGGGAGAUGGAGGACCUUCUCUACGGCCUCCUCUCUGUCGACGUGCCGGAAGACGACGGCGGCAAGAGCAGCAAGAAGGCGCGGUGGCCCAUCAGCGGCGUCGGCAUCAACUGCACCAAGCCCUUCCUGAUCGCGCCGCUGGCGGACAGGAUGACGACGGCCCUGCAGCGCCUCGACCGGCCAGAGUCGCAAGGCGGCCGAUCGCUGCGACAACAGCGCACCGAGGCGGGCGUAGGCGCCCCACUGCUGUUCCUCUACCCGGACGGAGGGCUAAUCUACGACGCUGUCAAGAAGGUGUGGCUGCAGCCCAACGAUGCCUCGCAGUCGUCGUCGUCGGUCGCUGGGCCCUCGGGCGCCGAGUCCUGGGCCGACGGCCUCAUCAAGAUCGCCAAGUCGGUCUCUCGGGAUCCGGCGUGGUCGGGCGUCUUUGUCGGCGGCUGCUGCAAGAGCGGCACCGACGAGAUCAGGGCCCUCUGUCGGCAUCGCUGA